AGUAAAAGAAAAACUACUUCCUGAAUUCGUUACCAUGAGCGCCAUGAUUUGUAUACCUACCUAUUCCGUGAACCAUAAAUGCAACACUUCAGAAUGACUAUUUACAGCUAAUACAGAAUGGAUAGGAGAACAACUGCACAAGAUGUCUACCGAUGUGAGUUAUGCGAUGAAAAUAUGGUGGAUAUGCUUUGUGUCGUAUGUCCUCGAAAGUUAUGCAAAUCUUGUGUCGGAAAUCAUUUAGAUGAUGAUCCUAACAAGCACAAACUUGUCAAAUUCCAAGACAGAAACACGACACUCGUUCUUCCAACAUGUCCAACACACUCCUCGGAACAAUGUAAAAACUAUUGCCAGGAAUGCGAUAACGCUGUCUGUCCCUCUUGCAUUCCUUCCGAUUCUCACAAAAAGCACACAUUCUUGAAAAUUUUGGAAGUUUUCGAAAAAAGGAAAGAAAAAAUCAAUUCUGAUACUAAAGAACUUGAUGAAAUCGUAUUUCCGUCGUAUACAACAAUAGUUCAGAAAGACGAAUCUGAUGCGGCCAAAUUGGAAGAAGACUAUAAAAGUUUGAAACAAAGUAUCGAAAAUCAACGCACAAUGUGGCAUGACGAUAUUGACAAAAUUGUCAACAUGCUGCAAGAUGAAACAGACAAAAUGAGGGAAACACAACUGAAAGCACUGAAAAAACACUUACAAAAAGUAAAAAAUCUUCGUACAGAGAUCCAGGAGGCCAUCAAAUCGAACAAAGACAUUUUACAUUCCCCAAAUGUUACAGAGACACUUUCAUACAAAAGCAGAAAUUCAGCAUUGAAACAUCUCCCUGCAAAGCUUGAACUAUCAACUCCAAAGUUUAUUUCCCAGCCGAUUAACAAAGAUUUAAUUGCAAAAAUGUUUGGUGUUAUUUUAGGGUUCUCUAUUUCUGAACAUACAGAAGGAUAUGAGAAAAAUACACAGACUAUCCGUAAAAAUCAGAAACACUUUCUGGAUAAACCAGAAAUUCAAUCUGUUCUUGAGACGGGAGAAAUUAAAUGCCCGGAUAAGAUAGCAUGUCAGAGUGACGGGAAGCUGUGGAUUGCAGGAAAUGAAGGUUCCUUGAAAUUGUUCCAAUGUGAUGCCUUGCGAUCAGAAUCGGGCGCAACACGUUCAUGUUUAACAUUGAAACAUGUUGAUCUUAAAGGUCCAACAGACAUUGCUGUGACGACAACUGGUGACCUGAUCUAUGGGAUAAAACUGGAGAACACUGUUUUAAAAUUAACAAAACAUAAAGCACAAGAACUGAUCAAUCUUCAUGACUGGAAGCUUUUGAGUCUAUGCAUUACAACAUUUGGCGAACUCUUAGUUUGCAUGACGGAUGAAAGGAAAUACAGAUGUAGAGUUGUUCGUUUUAAUCAGGAUCCUGAAAUAAUGCAAAUUAUUCAGUAUGACCAUCAGGGGGAGAGUCUAUACACAUCAGGAAUGUUAAGUAAGUGCAUUGAAGAAAACAAAAAUGGAGAUAUUUGUUUGGCUGACUGUGAUGCUGGGGCAGUCGUAGUAACGGAUAAAUCUGGGAAGUUGAGAUUUCGGUAUGUCGGAACAAUCUCAUCUCAAAAGAAUGAUCAGUUCUGUCCAGUUGGAAUUGCUACUGACAGUAUGGCUCAAAUUCUUGUCUCCGAUUCCUUUCAGGUUCAUAUCGUUGACAAUAACGGACAGUUCCUCCGCUUCUUGGAUAUUGUUUGCUCAAACCCAAUGCGAUUGGCUUUAGAUGAAGGUGACAAUCUUUUUAUUGCUGAUACGCACAGCAACGUAAAGAUGGUAGUAUAUAUGCGUAGAAAUAUAUUUGAAGAUAUCCGGAGAGGCAUACAUUUUAUUGGUACUUUUUGGAACGGAACGAAACGGAACGGAACCAGUUAAGAGGCCCCAAAAGGGGAAACAAGAUAAUUUAUGUUUUAAAAUUAGACACAAGGUCUUUCCUUUUAGAUAUGAUAUCUUUAGCUAUUAACUAUUAUUUAGCAACGUAAAAAUCCAAAAGCUUUACCUUUUAAAUUUGGUCAUUUUCAUAUAGCUCUCCUUUCAAAUUAAAGAAGGUCAAUACAGGCUAAAUACGGACACGUCCAUCGAGUCCUCUUGAAAUCGAUAUUUUUUUAAACGUCUGAAGAUUAAUGAUUAAAUGAAAGCAGUGAAUGUAAAUUUCCAGAAUAUCUCGACAGGAAAAUCAUGAGAGAUGUGAAACGCCUGUGCAAUAAUAUGAACAUUUCUUGAAAGAUAAGAAACUGGACUAUCUUUUUGAAAUUAAAACUAGAAAUUUUUUUAUGGACUACCUAAAAUGCAUAAAAGUAAUCAUAUUAAAACCGCUAUUAAAGAUCAGAAUCAGGCAUAUAUUUCUACUACUGAACCCUUGGAUUUGAAACUUUUACCAAUUCGUGCAGGCCCAGCAUGGCUACACAUAGCCUGAGCAACUUUGUAGACAUUUUACUAAAGAAUAUAUGUGAAAAAGUUCCUAGUUACAUCCGGGAACUAGUAAAAAAAAAGAAAAAGACCCAUUUUGAAAUCCUUUGUUACAACCUACAAUCCCAAACAUUUUAUUAUAUUUCAAGAAACUAAGAAGAAUUUAUCUAUCAUUGAGCGGGAUCAAGAACUUCAACAACUGAUUUAAAAAUCUGACCUACUCCAUAGCCAACGACAACCACAAAACCUGACAAAAUAUUAUCAAGAGCUAAAUUUAACGAACACCAGAAAAUAUGCUGUUUCCAAAAGCGGAGAUUCAAGGUGCGGAACGUGUCCCUAUCAAAAGACAGGUGCUUCUAUUUGCUUUAAAAGACUUUUUAUGUUAAUGAAAAUAUGUCGUGUAAAUCCAAAAAUCUAUUGUUCUAUAUUACUUGAAACAACUGUGGCGAAUAUUACAUGGGUCAAACCAGAACACAACUUACCGUCCGCAUGCGCGGCCAUAGCCAACAGAUAAAUGAUCCCAGCACCAGUAACAUCCUUUGCAGUGAACAUUUUGACAGAUGUGCUAAGGGAGAUUAUCAAGUAUUCCCAUUUUAUAAACUUAAAACCGAUUCAACCGCUAAGAGGCUUGUGAAAGAGAACUAUUUUAUUAAAUUAUUUUCCCCAAAACUCAACAGACAUUAAUAUCUGUAUAUAUGAUCAUCUUUAUUUUAGCUAGUCUAUGUAUUUUUACAUUUAUUGAUGUCAUUAUUAUCAUAUUUUGUCGAAGUCAGUUUUCCCGAACGUUUUAUAUUAUACAAAUAUUGACUGGGGUUGAGGGCAACAUUGAUUAUAUUAGCCCCCGAGGGACGAAAUAUUGCCCGACGCGAAGCGGAGGGCAAUAUUUUUGUCCCAAGGGGGCUAAUGUAAUCAAUGUUGCCCCAAAACACAGUCAACAUUUGUUUUGUUAUAUGAAGAAACAAACCAAAAUUUAAGAAAGUAAUUGAAAACAGAUCGCCGUUAUUUUCUCAGCUCAACAAAGAAUUCACGAAUUCAAUUUUGUGUAAAGUUCAUUACCAAAUUAUCCUCAGCAUCAAACGGUCACUGGUGAUAUUCCGCCGACCGUAAGAAUUAACAUACAGAUGUUCUACCUGAUUUUACUUCACAGUAAUUCGCAUAUCCUUGCAUCCGUUAUGAUAGCAAACCGUCGCAUUGCGCGUCCGUUGUUUACUUGCCUUGAUUGGCUGUCUAUUAUGACGUCACCUUGUUUUGGAGUCGCGAAGAGUUAUAUACGUCAUCGUUAACGAAUCAACAAAUCAAAGGCGAUUAUUUGAAAUAGAGGGAAUGUUAACUAGAUAUUAUUCCUAGCCGGUCAAUAUUAUAUAAAUAGUGCCUGUUUGGGAGGGUAACAGUUGAAAUUGACACCCCGAGAAAACCAUUGUCAACCGACGCGAAGCGGAGGUUGACAAUGGUUUUCGAGGGGUGUCAAUUUCAACUGUUAUCCUCCCAAACAGGCACUAUUUAUUUUGUUAUACUGAAUGUCUUUUUUAAAAUUUUUAAGAAAAUUUUACUGCUUUUAUAUAGGAAUAACGUGAAUUCUACAGCGAACCGUACGCGCAUAAUUUUCGCGCAUGUAACAUUUUUUAAUGUUACCCGUUGCCAAGUGCGUUGCUAACGCUGAGGGUAAUAGUAAAUAUUAUUAACUGCGUCUUAACCAAUCAGAUUUCAGUAUUUAACAUGAAAGUAUAACAACAAAAAAAUAUUGACCGGUCAAUAUUUUUCGGACGAGCUAAUAUUACAAAUAUUGACUAUUCGUCUAUAUAGAGAUAUAUAGUGAGAAUAUACUACUGAAUAUAACAA